AUGUCAAGCCUAAACAUCCAGCGGCCUCUGGCUCCAGAGACUAGCGCGUCUGGUAAGAAUCCAUCCAUCCAUCAUCUCACAUGCUUCUUGACUUUGAGUUUCGCGUCUGCCGGCCCAUUCCCCGCUCAUCAUAUAUUACGAUAUGCCUAAUGAUAAGCUUACGUUUCGUAGGCAGUAGCCAUGCCGAUUCGGACUUCAGACCGACUGUGCCUCUUACGCAGCUCCCCCAGAGGAAGAAGAAGCCUGGACCGAAGCGCGACAGUAAACCUGCGCCAUCAGAGAAGCUAGAAAGGAAUCGACAGGCCCAGAGGUAGGCUGCCAAAUCAAAUAUAGCGAAUGUAUGUGUGCUGACUUGUUCUAGAACCCAUCGGGAGCGCAAAGAAAAAUACACAAAGGAACUCGAGCUUGAAGUUCUACGCCUCAAAGAGCUCUUCGCUGGAGCAGCUCGAGAGCGUGAUAAUGCCUUUUCUACCCGAGAUCAAGCUCUUCAGGAGGCAGAACGACUUCGCCAGGAAAAUCAGCAUCUUCAGACCGAGAAUCAACGGAUGAAGGAGGUCAUCCAAUCGUCCUCGUCUUCUACCGAUUCGGGCGAUGAUGGCAUGUCUGUCACUUGCGAUGCCACAAGAAACAAUAGUUUUUCGACCACGGAUGGGUAUCCCGGUAUGACCGCUCCAGUAGCUCUACAACCGGGCGUAACAGGAAUUCUCAACCUGGCCGCAUCUGACGGGGCAGCCCUGGAUGGAGGUAGAUGCUCUGCGAAGACCGAGAUGGUCCCACUGGUAAAGCAGGAGAGUCCAGCUUCGUCAUCACAGCUGCAGUUGAUGACCGAGCUACAACCCGUCUCUAUCAACUAUGACGACUUAGGCCUCGACUUCAUUCUGAGGUAAGUUCUAUCGAAUGCUUUGUGGGGAGAAAUUACUUUCAAGUUAUGGGCACUGACAUUCCCGACAGCCUCGAAAGGCCCUGCAUGGGUCAUAUUCAAUUCCUCCACGUACGAGCGCACAACGUGCAGACCGCGCCUGAUGGGUCCGUCGCAGGAAGACCGCUAGAGGUUCCUGAUGACGGCGAAAACCAGAACAUAUCUGGCCACUCUCUCAUGGCGACAUCAAUCCCCUUCAGCCACAUCAUGGCUAAUCCAAAUGCACGAUAUCCCACACAAUUUCCUACCGAUCUAAAACGAGAAGACCUCUUGAAACUACUAGAUCUGAGUUCACAGCUGGAAAUUAACGAGAUUGAAUUGCCGCCCGUGAAGGCAUGGAUCAAGAUCAUGCGAGAUGGACGUCUGGGUCUCUUCAGCGUCAACGAUUUUGCUGUACUCAAACAGAAAUUGUUGCAGAAAGUCCAUUGCUAUCGGUAAGCAUCACGUCGACGACGUUUUUCUGAUGGAAACUCUGACCUAUUCUGCUCAGCUUCGGCGCCGUAAUUGAAGAACAGGACAUCGACGAGGCUCUGUCACAAGUCCUCGAAUACAAGACCACUGGCACAUUGCCGCCAGCGCCCUCGACCUCAUGCGCGAUACCAACGACAUCACCGCUCCCAGCACACUGA